CUUCUGGUGUUACAUAUUUUUCUUCAUCGCUAUAUUUUGUGUCGCCCAUUAAAAAUUUGCAAAGUGAAACAGUAGCAAACAUGGCUAAUACCGGUAAAGAUACGGCUUCCUUCUUUGAAAAUGGCACAACAGAGCAAUUCGACUAUUGCUACAAAUUAUAUCCAGAAGUGCUAAAAUUAAAAGCAGAAAAACGUAAUAAAAAACCUCAGGAAUUAAUACGACUGGACGAAUGGUAUCAAAACGUACUACCCAAACUUAUAAAAGAACGAGGGAAGGAUGCACAUAUGGUUUACGAUGAAUUAGUCCAGACGAUGAAGUGGAAACAGGCACGUGGAAAAUUUUAUCCUCAGCUAAAUUAUCUUGUUAAAGUAAAUACACCGCGAGCUGUUGUGCAGGAGACGAAAAAGGCUUUUCGCAAAUUGCCUAACUUGGAGCAGGCUAUUACUGCAUUGUCAAAUUUAAAAGGCGUCGGUACAACUAUGGCUUCAGCGUUAUUAGCGGCUGCUUGUCCCGAUUCGGCUCCCUUUAUGGCAGAUGAGUGUCUUAUGGCCAUUCCAGAAAUUGAGGGUAUAGACUACACAACAAAGGAGUAUCUCAAUUUUGUACAACAUAUACAAUCGACUGUCACACGUCUGAAUGCCCAGGCUGGCGGUGAUAAGCCAGUUUGGUCGCCUCAUAGGGUUGAGCUAGCACUGUGGGCUCAUUACGUAGCUAACGAUUUGAGUCCAGAUCUAUUGGAUGAAAUGCCUAGUGGAAAAGGUGGAGGAUGUGCAGCUACAAAAAAGAGUAAUGGAAGUUCAGAGAAUGACAAUGUGCGAAAUGCUGGAAGUGAAGAUACAAAUGAUGCCGACGACGACAGUGCAGGUCGUGUGGAAUCAACCAAUAUUGCAACUGAAUCUGAAAAUGAAAAUACUAACCCUACACCUCAGGAUGGAGAUUCGAAUUUUGUGUCAAAUGAUUCAUCACAGGAACCCAUUCUUGAUGAGAACACUACACAAACAACAGCAACCACAACUUCUGACGACGGAGAGGAAGCUACCGUUCGUACGCCAUUGGCUUCUGAUUCCGAAAGCAAUAUGGAACCACCAGUGGCAGUCACAGCUAUAAAGAAUAGUUCACUACUGCAAAAAGAGGCAGAUAUUAAUAAUCCAACAACAUCAAAUGGAAACGGCGCAUUAUUGGUUGCAGCUUCAGCAGCAGGUUUGGAUGGUGAAAAUAGUGACAGUAAUUGUUUGCGUGACUCUGAAGGCGACGAUGAAGAGGCAUCUCCUGUAAUUAAUCAUCUCACAGGUAACGACACCACUACUCAUAGCGGAACCUGCGCUACUGCUGCCACAAUAUUAGGCCAGAAGAGGACACUCAACUGCGCGGAUGAAGCAUCGUUAGAGGAUUCAGCACAACCAGAAAUGAAAAAAAUACGUAGUGACUAAACAAUAUUUUAGAAUUUGAAGAAGCGGUUAACUCGCAAAAAUAAUUAUUAUACAAAUAAAGAACAAAAUAAAAUCAA